CAUGUUUAAAUUAUGUUAUAGAUUCACAAAAGCCCAUUUACCAGUCUUUAAACAAUAUCCAUUACAUCCUAAAAUAUUAGAAAUCUUAGAUACUAAAGGAUUACAUACAGCCACACCAGUUCAAGAUAUGUUGUUUACAUGUUAAAAUAAAGUAAGAUUAUUAAUUGGACCCACAGGAACAGGUAAGACUUAUGCUUAUCUAUUACCAAUUUUGGGGAAGUUGAAACAAGAGGAAGAAGAAUAAAAUAAAAUAUUAACUGAGGAGAAUAAACCAAGAGCAAUUGUGGUUGUAUCGACAAAAGAAUUAGCAGAAUAAGUAGAAGAUGUAAGUUAAGAAUUUACUAAAGCAAUGAAGUUAAGUACAUUAGCAUUGGGUAAGGGUACUUUUAAGAAGGAAUAAACAUAUUUAAAAGAAGGAGUAGAUUUAGUUGUCACUACAUUAGAUAGAUUAUAGAGACAUAGAAGUGCUUAAUCAAUUUAUCUAUCUAGAGUAUCACAUUAUGUGGUUGAUGAGAUAGACACAUUAUUAGAUUCAUCUAUGUAAGAUGACUUAAAGAAAUUGGCUACUUAUUUUAAGGAUAAAGAUAUUACAACAACAUAUUGUGGAGCUACAUAUAGUACAAAGGUUAAGAAUUUUGUAGAGAGUUAAUAUAAAAAUUAAAUUACACCUUUAAUUGAAAAGUAAUCACAUAUGCAUCUUGAAAAUCUUUCUCAUGAUUUUGUACAUUGUACUACUCUUGACAAAAGUGAACCCUUUAUGGCAUUAUAUAAAGAAUGUUAAAAUAAAUUUAAAGGUUCUAUCAUUAUAUUUUGUAAUGAAAUUUCAAGUUGCCAUUUUCUAGAAUUCUUUUGUAAGAAGAAUGGAAUUAAGACUGUUUCAUUACAUGGUGAUUUACCUAAAGGAAUGAGAUCCUAAAAUGUUGCAGAAUUUCGAAGUCAAUAAUGUAAAGUUUUGAUUACAACUGAUUUGGGAGCUAGAGGUUUAGAUUUCCCAUUUGUUGAUGCUGUAAUUAAUUUUGAUUUCCCUAAUUCAACCAGUGAUUAUCUUCAUAGAGCAGGUAGAGCAGGUAGAGCUGGUAAGAAAGGAUUCAUUUACAGUUUAUAUCAUAAUAGUGAAUAAAGUGUAAUUGAUGAAUUGAGGAAAGCUAAUGAAGGUGAGAGACCAAUAAGGAUUGAAGAGUCAGCAUAUAGUAAGACUAAUAAAGAAGAUUCACCAAAAGGAAAGGUAAUCAAAUCAAAAUCUUAAGAGCAAUAAUAAUCAAAAACUAAAUCUUAGAGGCAGCAUUAUGUCAAAGGAUAUAAGCCAGCUUAAAAAUAAACUAAAUAAGAAAGAACUACUUCUAAGAGUUAUUUUAAAAAAGUUCAUGAAGGAAAAGUGUGAU